AUGGUGGAACUUCGGGCCAUAUACAUGGCACUGAUUCAGGCAAAGGACAUUCUGCAAGGAAAACCAGUCCAGAUCCGCUCAAACAAUGCAGUUGCGUACCUCCAACCAUCAGGGAGGAACUCGCAGCCAAAGAGCAAAGAAGGAGUUCUGCCCACUUUAGGUGGUGAGGAAAAUAAGACAAGCAAAGAGUGCCGUGAUCCUAAUAGCACCGGUUUGGCCCAGAAGGCAUUGGUACAUAGAUCUGCUGAGGAUGUCGAUGAAUGCUCCAAUUCUGCUCCCUCAACGUCCAGAUCUACUGAUGCAGGGUCCUUGUUAUCACAGGCAUCUGGAUCGGCGGUCUUUGACAGCACGGCUGUUGAAACCUUUAUCCUGAAGUCAAGAGGUUUUUCACAACAGAGAAGACACACAGGUGAGAAGCCAUUUCCAUGUUCUGAGUGUGAGAAAUGUUUUGCAUGGAAAUCAAAUCUGGUUACACACCAGCAAAUUCACACAGGUGAGAAGCCAUUUCCAUGUUCUGAGUGUGAGAAAUGUUUUGCACGGAAAUUACAUCUUAGAAGUCACACAGGUGAGAAGCCGUUUUCUUGCUCUGAGUGUGGGAAAUGUUUUUCCUGGAAAUCACUACUUGUUAUACAUCUGCGAAGUCACACAGGUGAGAAUCCAUUUCCAUGUUCUGAAAUUCACACAGGUGAGAAGCCAUUUCAAUGUUCUGAGUGUGGGAAAUGUUUUAUCCAGAAAUCACAACUGGUUAUACAUCAGGGAAGUCACACAGGAGAAAGGCCAUUUCCAUGUUCUGAGUGUAGGAAAUGUUUUACAAACAAAUCGCAUCUUGUUAGACAUCAGAGAAGUCACACAGGUGAGAGGCCAUUUUCAUGUUCUGAGUGUGGGAAAUGUUUUGCACGGAAAUCAGUACUUGUUGAACAUCACAGAAGUCACACAGAUGAGAAGCCAUUUCCAUGUUCUGAGUGUGGGAAAUCUAACAAACCAUCAGCCACAUCUAUUGUAUUUAAGAUUUGGGAAGAUUUAAACAUUUCAAGUGAUCUACAAUGGCUAAUCAAACAGAAUGUAUCCUGGUUCCUUCUCAUCGAGGAAUGCUCUUAA